GAGAAGCAAUUGAGUGGCGCGCGCGGUGGAAGGACGAGGAGAAGGAAGUGCUUCGUCAGGCGUUGGAGGAGAUGCAGGAGGAGGGAAAGGACUUGCCACCUGUGAAGCGACCUUUGAACAAACUCUUACGAUGCCUCGAAAGCUCUCACAAGUUGAAAGAGAUGAUUGCAGAGUCCGUGGUCUCAGAGGAUUUUGCCAUCGAGUAG